AUGCACAACAUUAGCAGUCUAGACAACAGCACUUCCUCUCCAUUAUUCGAUUUGAUAUGGCAGAAUAAGAAUGCUUACUAUGAGCAUUUGGCACUCUCCAAUAAACAUCAACAAGCCAAGAAGGAAUCUACUAAUUCCUCUGAAAAGGAGUCAAUGAAUGAAGAGGAAAUUGAUGAAACUCUCCGAUAUAUUGAAAAUCCGUAUCUUGUUGUAGAAAACAAACCAGACACACAUUUCAUGCUAUUGGCAAAAAAUCCAGAAACUGAAGAAGGACAAGUCAUGACUUUCUAUAAUCAAAUCCAUAUUAAUCCAGACCUUAAUGAUGCUAACAAAUUGGAUGAAGAAUUGAAUGGAUGUUUUGAAAAAUCAGCCCAACUCAAAGUUCCAAUAAUUUGCAGUGUUCCAACAAACGCUAAAAACACCUCUCAGAUAAUGGAUAAGUUAAUUAAUAAGGGGUUCAUACCAUCUGGUACUGGACCAGGAAUGAUUUUGAAUUACUCUACAUUUGAUAAACAGAAAGCCAAAGAUGCACUGAAAUCCAAUUCUGAAAAGUUGGAAAUUGGUGAAUUGAAACAAGUGAAUUGGAUACACAGAUAUGACGAUGAACACCCUGAUAAUAUCAUGUUGAGAUUAUGGUGUUAUACUUUGGUUUCUUCAUUUGGAUUCUAUUCUAAAGAGACAACUGCAAAUCAUUUCUAUGAGGUGUUCAGACAUGCUCGUUUUGGACCAGAAGAAUCUCUUAGAAUGUUCUAUGUACUCUAUAGAGAAACUCCAGAAUCUAAACCAAAAAUGAUUAGUGUAGCCACACUCUUCGUAGAAAAGGAGAAGAGUGUGUGUGGGCUCUACAAUGUUGGUACUGUAAAGGAUCCAGCUAUUAGAAGGAUGGGUUCUGCUCGAUUAUUGUCCUAUCAUGCAGUUUUUGAAAUAGGACAGGAAGAACUCAAUUUGAAAUAUUGUACCUUGCAAUCUUCAAAGGCAGCAUUCAAUUUGUACAAGCAAUUGGGAUUUGAACACAUUGGAGAUUGGAACAUGAUUGUAUAUCCAGAUAAUGUUCACUGGUUGUUAAAUCUCUUACUCAAGUUGGUUUUGUUGAGAUUUGCCAUGCGUCUGUUGGGUGUGAGAGAUCUUUCCGAGGGAUCGGCUUGGAAAAAGUUGCUGGCCUUUGUAGUGCUGUGGUUCUCAUUUUUGGUUACUGUCAUAUUUUGGGUAGCUCCUCAAAUUCAAUAA